GAGGGCAUUUGGUGCUCCUCCUCCUCGAUCUCCCUCCUUCCUGGCUUCCUCUCUACUCACCGAGCUGUCCAAGACGGCUACGCUCUAAUCUAGCCUUUCCCUCACACUUUAGCUAAAGAAUUAGCAGCAACUGUGGCACGGACAGACAGAUUGAUGCCAUUCUUCGAUUCUCCGAGCUUCCUUUCUCCUUCCCCCCGCUGCCUGCCUUUUCUGGCAGUCUUUUCCUUCACCGCCACAUUCCGGUGUUCGUAGCCUUUUCCUAUCAGCAUUCCUAGCCUCGUGGGCUAUCUAAUCUCCGCUUAGCACUACUAGUACCGUCGGCACGCCAGGAUUAGUUGGUCUUGGCCAGCUUCUCCGUGAUCCGUAGCCCUCUCUGCUUCUCCGCCAUUGUUCUCAGCUGCGCGCGUGCUCUUCGCGUCGCCAACCUUCUUCCUCCGCGCGAGCAAACAGCCGCGCUUCUCCGAGUGCGCGCGCCUUCCACGCGCGGCGCCUUUCUCGCUCCACUCAUGGCCAGCUCACCCUGCUAGCUACCUCCGCCGGAGCAGCUCGCUCGAGGCGAGGGAUCCCAGCUGCUCGAGUGAACAGUGAUCGGGAUUGCGUGCAUCGGGAAUCAUCCGGAGGAGCUGACCCGCGGGCCGCGCGCGGCUGCUGCUUCGCAUGGAAGGCGCCGGAGCUUGGGCGGCCAUGGAGAGGGCCUGGAGGUCAGGGGCGCGGUCGGAGACGGCGUCCUGCGCCGGCACGCCCAGGUCCGCCCACUCCUCCGGCAACAUCCAGCACCGCUACUCGCAGAGCAUGCUGAAGACACAGCAGGGUGCGGUGGACAUGUCGCCGCGAUUCUCUUACUGCAAGCCUACCGCCAAACGAGACCAAAUGCUCAACAGAAGGCACUCACUUAACUUGCCUGAGCAUUUGUCUGGCCAUCACUCCAGGAAAACAGCGGACAGAACUCAUAAGGCUAGUUCAAAGUCCAUCGCAGAUUUAGCUGGGGAGAUCGCAUUCCUCGAGCAGGAGGUCAUCCGCAAGGAACUGCAUCUGUUGACCCUCUAUAGAAGAGCAUUUGAUCAGCAGUUAUCUGAUUCCUGCAGUGUUAGCCAGCAGGUGGAUCAAGAAACAAGUAGAAAUAUCGAUGAGGGUGCGCUCCGUUUAAGAGAUAUCAAGCACUCUGCAGCCUUCAACUUGCCAACUGUCUCAGAUUCUAAAAGCGAGGUGUCAAGAUCAGUUUCGAAGCAUUCUAGCCUAGUGAACUUCUUGAGUGCUUCCAUUUCUGACUAUGUGCCUAAGAUAUCUUGCAAACUGUCGGAGGACAUCCUGAGCUGCAUUGCUUCUGUCUACUGCAAGCUUGCAAGCACGCCGUCUCAAGAUGCAGACUCUGUGACUUCACGUAGUCCUUCUGUUUCAUCUUCAAGUACCUUCUCUCCAAGGCGUCGUAACGAUAGCUGGAGCCCUCGGUAUAACUUCGAUGCCACCACAAGCCCUAGCCAAUAUGGAUACCAAAAAGAGAAUAGUGAACAAAAUAUAGGCAUGAUAAUUGUUCCAAGGAUACAUAUAGAUGCCACCAAGUUCGAAUAUGCCUCAAAAAUGCUGGAGACUAUCAGGUCCUUGAUACAGCGGCUCGAAAAAAUUGAUCCAACAAAGAUGACACACGAGGAGCAGCUCUGCUUUUGGAUCAACAUCCACAAUGCUUUAGUCAUGCAUGCUUUUUUGGCCUACGGGAUACACGAUAAACGCAUGAAGAGCACUGACAUGAUUCUGAAGGCUGCGUACAACGUGGGUGGUGAAUCAGUAAAUGCGCAGACGAUUCAAAACUCAAUCCUCGGAUGCCAAUCCCAUCGUCCAUCAUUGUGGGUCCGCGCGCUGUUCACGCCAGCAAAAAGAUCUCUGGCAGGAUCGACAACGAGGCACCCCUACGCCCUUCAUCAUUCCGAGCCAAUCGCGCAUUUCGCGCUCUCCACAGGCACAUUUUCAGACCCACCUGUGCGGCUUUACGUGGCAAAGAAGAUCCACCACCAGCUGGAGAGAGCCCGGACCGAGUUCAUCCAGGCCAACGUCACGGUGAAGAAGCAGGCCCUCAUGCUACCCAAGGUGCUCCACUACUAUGCCAAGGACGCGGAGCUCGAGCUGCGCCAUCUUGUGGAGCUGGUGUGCGAGAGCACAUCCGAGACCCAGCGGAAGGAGAUGGCCCAGCUCCAGCACCGGCUCAGGAGAAGGAUUGACAAGUGUGUGGAGUGGCUGCCGUACAAGUCCAACUUCAGAUACAUUGUACAUAGGGAUCUGGCUGAGUAGGCAAGGCAGGCACCAGUUUUCAGUUUCCCUUUUCUGUUUUGGGUUUGUUAUUAUGUUGUAAGUAAUUACCAGGUUUUAGAUAAACCUAACAAAUGGUGUGGUGUGUAAAUGUGUAAAUACAAGUGAAGUGUGAAAUGCGAAGGUUUUGGUUAUA